ACCGGACCCCCCUCGCUGCUGGAGGUAUGGCGGACGACGGACCUCUUGACGCGAUGACGACGCAAGUUGGCUUUAUGAAUGCUCUCCGAACGGGCAACAUUGUCCUCGACAUGAUUCUCUGCAUGAUCGUGCCUAUUAUAUUCGGUGGCAUUGGAAGUGUGUUUCGCGAGACGCUCCCGCUCGUCCGCAGGCUGCAGCACGACUGGCGUCACCGCGAUCGGGUCGAGCGCGUCAUCGAGCACAAGCGCCGCGUCAACAACUGGGGCUACAGCUUUGGCGCGCAGACGAGCGAUCACCUCCUCCAGAAGGCGAUAAUGCUCUACCUGUCCAAGCACGACCCGGGAAAGCACAAGAAGGCGAUCGUCACGCUGGCCAACCUCAAGGAGACGGGCGGGAGGCGCGCCGGCGACUCGGACGACGACUCGGACUGCUCCGACUACGGCGGCGAGAGCCUCAAGCGGCUCGAGCCGUCCACGCUGCCGCCCGAGGACGUCGAGGUCGAGGUCGGUGGUGGAGUCAAGCUGCUCAAGCAGCUGCAGGUGGACGGCGGCGGCGAGAAGAGCUGCACGACGGAGACGUCCACCAUCAUCCUCUCCGCCUCGGGCCCUCGGGCGGAGGAGGCGAUCAACGCAUUUAUUAGCCGCGCUUUUGAGUGGUACCGCGUCAACGUGGAGCAGAAAAAGGACGAGACGCGGUACUUCUUCAUCAUGGUGCGCCCUAAGGCUGCCGGCGGCGACGGCGAACCUCCGCCCGGCGCCACGAAGCGUCUGUACAAGCGCUACGCCCUCUCGGACGAAAAGACGUUCUCAAGUCUGUUCUUCCCGGAGAAGCCGAACCUUCUCUAUCUGCUCGACCACUUCAUGAAGAAGACGGGCAAGUUCGCCGUUCCCGGCUUCCCGCACAAGCUCGGCCUGCUCCUGUACGGCCCGCCCGGCACGGGCAAGACCUCGCUCAUCAAAGCGAUCGCGCACUACACGGGGCGGCACAUUGUGAGCGUGCCGCUCUCCAAGAUCAAGACGAACCAAGAGCUGACCGACAUCAUGUUUGACCAAGCCGCCAACGUCGUCAACACCGCAAAGAGCGGCGACGACGACUCGGCCGACUUUCCGCAAUCGCUCGAGUUUGCAAAGGUGAUCUUUGUGAUGGAGGACGUGGACGCCGCGAGCAAGGUGGUGCACCGGCGGGCGCCUGCCGCAGCGGCCACUCGGACGGUCACCCGGACGGUCGUGCGCAAUGCGACCAACGCAUCAACCGCGGCGGGGACGAUGCCGAGCAGGCAGGCGACGGCGGUGGCGUCGCCUGGAGCGGCCUCGCCGUUGGAGGCGGGGGCCCCGCAGUGGCUCGCGCCGCUGCUCCCCGCGCGCGGGCUGUCGAGGCAGCCGAGCGGGAGGAGGGAGGCGGAGAAGGAGGCGGAGAAGGAGGCGGACGGCGCGGACGGCGCCGAGGCCGUGGAGAGCGCGGAGACCGGCGCGGUGGAGGAGGUGGAGGAGGUGGUGACGGUGAUGGAGGAGGGGCCGCCCAAGAAGGAGGACCGACUCAAGUCGCUGCUGGAGGAGGAGGACCGGCUCGACCUCGCCGGGCUGCUUAACGUGCUCGACGGCGUGGUGGACAGCCCCAACCGCAUCGUCAUCAUGACGACCAACCAUCCGGAAAAGCUCGACCCGGCGCUCAUCCGGCCCGGCCGCAUCAACAAGAAGAUGCUGCUCGGCUACCUGCUGCUGCCCGAGGCGGAGAAGAUGGUGGAGCACUACUUUGGCGACAUGAGCGAGUCGCAGCGUUUGAAACUGGGCAUGAUGUUCACCCCAAACGUCUUUACUCCCGCCCAGGUCGAGCAGCUCUGCGCCGAGCAUGACACCGUGGACGAGUUCUUGCUGGGACUGCACACGCUCGUUGCGCAGGAGUACUGAACACGACCGCAUGCGCAACCCACUUAGGCUUAGCGUAUAGCGAGGUGAGAGCCCCUUUUUGGAGAGUUUGGUCUUAUAAUCCGUCAGAUGCAUGGUAUUGGUUAGAUGUGUGAAAAGUGUGCGCAUUAACCAUUAUCC